UAUUCACUGCUUCCUUUCGCGCCGGGUAACCGGAGAGCUGUGCGUCCAUGUGCGCAGUGACUGGGAAUUGAUAGACGUCUGAAAUAUUAAAAUCCGAGCCGUAAACAGAGUUUUCGUAAUGGAUCCUGAGGCUUUGGUCGAGGCCCUUCGGGGGACGAUGGACCCCAAUCUGCGGGAGGCCGCGGAGAGACAGCUGAACGAGGGUCACACCCAGGUAAACUUUGUGUCCACUCUGCUGCGUGUCACCAUGUCUGAUCAGCUGGAUUUGCCUGUCAGGCAAGCAGGUGUGAUUUACCUUAAGAACAUGAUAACCCAACACUGGAGUGAUGGCGACGGCUCAGGCACAGAGACUCCUGUCAAUAACAUCCCGGACGAGGACAGGCAGUUCAUCCGAGACAACAUAGUGGAGGCCAUCAUCCACUCCCCCGAGCGCAUCAGGGUCCAGUUGACGACAUGUAUCCACCACAUGAUCAAGCACGACUACCCCGGCAAGUGGACGACCAUCGUGGACAAGAUUGGCUUCUACCUGCAGUCAGACAACAGCGCAGGAUGGCUGGGCAUCUUGCUCUGCCUUUACCAGCUCGUCAAAAAUUAUGAAUAUAAGAAGCCAGAAGAGCGCCAACCGCUGGUGGCUGCCAUGCACAUCUUCAUGCCCAUGCUAAAAGAACGCUUCAUCCAGCUACUUCCUGACCACUCCAGUGACUCUGUCCUCAUUCAGAAACAGAUCUUCAAAAUCCUCUAUGCCCUCUUCCAGUACAAUCUCCCCCUAGAACUCAUCAACAGACAGAACCUGACAGAGUGGAUGGAGAUCCUGAAGACAGUUGUCGAUAGAGAUGUGCCUCCGGAGACGAUGCAGAUAGAUGAAGAUGAGCGGCCUGAGCUGCCGUGGUGGAAGUGCAAGAAGUGGGCCCUUCACAUCUUGGCUCGACUGUUUGAGAGAUACGGAAGCCCAGGCAACACAACCAAAGAGUACGCAGAGUUUGCUGAACUUUUCCUGAAGGAGUAUGCAGUUCCUGCUCAGCAGGUGCUGCUCAAAGUCUUAUACCAGUACAAGGAAAAGCAAUACGUGGGUCCCAGAGUUCUCCAACAGACGCUCAACUAUAUCAACCAGGGCAUAGCGCAUGCUCUGACGUGGAGAAACCUUAAACCACACAUCCAGGGCAUCAUUCAGGAUGUGGUCUUCCCCCUCAUGUGUUACACAGACAGUGAUGAGGAACUGUGGCAGGAGGAUCCAUAUGAGUACAUCCGCAUGAAGUUUGACGUAUUUGAGGACUUCAUCUCUCCAACAACAGCAGCCCAGACACUCCUCUUUACUGCCUGCAACAAGAGGAAAGAGGUGCUGCAAAAGACGAUGGGCUUCUGCUACCAGAUUCUCACUGACCCCGCCUCUGACCCCAGGAAAAAGGAUGGUGCCCUCCACAUGAUUGGCUCUUUGGCUGAAAUCCUGCUAAAGAAAAAGAUUUAUAAGGACCAGAUGGAGUUCAUGCUGCAGAACCACGUCUUUCCCCUGUUCCGCAGUGAACUGGGCUACAUGAGAGCCAGAGCCUGCUGGGUGCUGCAUUACUUCUGCGAGGUGAAGUUUAAAAGUGACCAGAACCUGCAGACGGCUCUUGAGCUGACCCGCCUUUGUUUAAUCAAUGACAACGAGAUGCCAGUCAAGGUGGAGGCUGCUAUUGCCCUGCAGGUUCUCAUCAGCAACCAGGAGAAAGCCAAAGAAUACAUCACCCCCUUCAUCCGGCCAGUGAUGCAGGCACUCCUGCACAUCGUCAGGGAGACAGAGAAUGAUGACCUCACCAAUGUCAUACAGAAGAUGAUCUGUGAAUACAGCGAGGAGGUGACUCCGAUUGCAGUAGAGAUGACACAGCACUUGGCAAUGACGUUCAACCAGGUGAUUCAGACGGGCCCUGAUGAGGAGGGAGGAGAUGACAAGGCUGUGACGGCCAUGGGCAUCCUCAACACCAUUGACACAUUGCUAAGUGUGGUGGAGGACCACAAAGAGAUCACACAGCAGCUGGAGGGCAUCUGUCUGCAGGUGAUUGGCACUGUGCUCCAGCAACAUGUACUUGAGUUCUACGAGGAGAUCCUGUCCCUGGCUCACAGCCUGACCUGCCAGCAGGUGUCACCACAGAUGUGGCAGCUCCUUCCACUGGUGUAUGAAGUCUUCCAACAAGAUGGAUUUGACUACUUCACAGAUAUGAUGCCUCUUCUUCACAACUAUGUCACAGUGGACACAGAUACUCUCUUAUCUGACACCAAAUACCUGGAGAUCAUCUAUAGCAUGUGCAAGAAGGUCCUGACAGGUGACCCAGGCGAGGACCCAGAGUGCCAUGCAGCCAAGCUACUGGAGGUCAUCAUUCUGCAGUGUAAAGGUCGUGGCAUUGACCAGGUCGUGCCCUUGUUUGUGGCUGCUGCAUUGGAGCGCUUGACGCGGGAGGUGAAGACCAGCGAGCUGAGGACUAUGUGCCUGCAGGUGGCCAUCGCUGCGCUUUACUACAGCCCCCCUCUUCUCCUCAACACUUUGGAGAACCUACGCUUUCCAAACAACACUGAGCCCAUCACUAACCACUUCAUAACCCAGUGGCUCAAAGAUGUCGACUGCUUCCUUGGCCUCCACGACAGGAAGAUGUGCAUUCUUGGACUUUGUGCCCUCAUUGACCUCGAGCACAGGCCUCAGGCUGUCAACCAGGUGGCCGGCCAGCUCCUUCCAGCAGCCAUCCUACUGUUCAAUGGCCUCAAGAGGGCGUAUGCCUGUCGAGCAGAGCACGAGAAUGAUGAGGACGAUGACGACGAAGAUGGGGAAGAUGAGGACGAAAAUGCUGAGCUGGGCAGUGAUGAGGAUGACAUUGACGAAGAAGGCCAGGAGUACCUGGAGAUGCUGGCGAAGCAGGCAGGAGAGGACGGAGACGACGAAGACUGGGAGGAGGACGAUGCUGAGGAGACGGCACUUGAGGGCUACACUACAGCUGUAGAUGAUGAAGAUAACUUAGUGGACGAGUAUCAGAUCUUCAAAGCCAUACUACAGAAUAUCCAGACCCGUGACCCAGCAUGGUACCAGGCACUAACACAGGCCCUCGACGAGGAUCAGGGCAAACACCUUCAGGACAUUGGCACACUCGCAGACCAGAGACGGGCAGCACAUGAAUCCAAGAUGAUUGAGAAACACGGCGGGUACAAGUUCACAGCGCCAGUGGUGCCAUCUACUUUCAACUUUGGAGGCACUGCUCCAGGAAUGAAUUGAGUCAUCCGUUCUACUUUUUAUUACUCUGUGACUGAUUGUAGUGAAGUGAAAAAAAGCUUGUGUUGUUCCUUAAGUAGUGGUUCCAGAACUGGUUCUUCUCAGUCAUUCUUCAAUCUGUCAAAUGGGGAAAUAGCACCAGAAGAUGUGGGAAAGCAACCAAAAUGCAACCAAUGGCUGGGGAAAACAAACCAAGAACUUGAGCAUGAUGUAAGAGAAGAGGCUCUGAACAACGUUGUCUUCUGGAGCCCGGUGUGGAGGGGGAUACCAUGACGUCAACUCUUCCGUUUUUUGUUUUUUUUUGGUUUUUUUUUGUUCCC